UAUUCCGUAUCUCGCAUACUUGAUCUUGUAUCUUGUUGACUACGACCCGACGACGAGGGCAAUUGCACGUAAACAUUUAAUGAAAAUCACCUAACCUACCUCUAGGAAAAAGGGCGCCGAGAAAUCCAACCGCACCAUCAAUUGAAUAUCGACCUCAAUCUAAGCCGUUUCAUUCAUUACCUACCUAACCUAAUAACUCACACCUUUUACCCCUCGUACAACAUCGAUAUCUAUAUCACUAGACUUCAAACCCGAGCAAACGCACUUCGCUAUAUCUGCCGCACUUCGGAGCAAACACCACCAGCGACAUCUCCAGCGAAGCGAGCCUUUUUACCAGACUAAAUCCCACAUAAACCGCCGGCCGACAUGGCCACAAUGACAGUGACAUUCCCACCGAUACCCAUAUCCAACACCAUGACAGCCACCAGCACCAGCACCAGCACCACAACAACGUCCUGCUGCCCGAACUGCGGGCUUUCCCUCCCCCCCGCCUCCGAAGCGCAAAUAGCCCUACUUCAAGCGCAAAAACAGAUCGAAGACCUAGAGGCCCAGGUGCGCCUGCUCAACCAGAAAGCCACCGCCGCAGUGGACCGAUGGGCCGACUACGAAGACGAGCUAUCGCGCCUGCGCGCCGCGUCCACGACGUCCGUCGCAACGACCACCACCACCACCAGCAACAGCCCGCGCUCGUCGUUCCUGCCGACGGCAGCAUCCGGGGCCGCGGCGCGGAUAAGCCAGCUUCUUGCGCCGCGCAAGUCGGUGCCGAACCUAGCGGCGCACGGGGCGGCGCGGGGGUCGAUAUCGGCGCAGACGUCGGCGCCGGCGAUGCCCAACGGGGACGAUCUGCUCGAGGCGCUGUCCCGGGAGCGGGAUCUGCGGGCUAAGGCGGAAGGGAGGUUGCGGGAUACUAGUAGGGAGGUGGAGGAGCUGAGCGCGACGCUGUUCGAGCAGGCGAAUGAGAUGGUGGCGAGCGAACGGAGGGCGCGGGCGAAGCUGGAGGAGCGGGUGUCGGUGCUGGAGCGUAGGGAUGUGGAGAAGAGGGAUCGGUUGGAUAGGUUGGAGGGUGCGAUGGGGAGGUUGGAGAGGGUGAGGGCGUUGUUGGAGGAGCGGUAGGGGGGAGCUGGUUGGUCUGCUGCCUAGGUGUGGGAGAACUAUCUACAUAGUAGGACGUAGUUUUAGGACGGACAUAAGAGAGAAGGUCCCCAGAGUGGAUAAGAGUGGAUCGGACCGGCCGAGGUACCCGCAUUCGUCCGGUGCACUCGUCGAGUCAUGUCAUGGUCUGCUGGCGGGAGGGAUAUGGUAAUCGGUCACAGGUCACGGGGGUACGAAUUUCCUAGUCACACGAGGGUACAGCUAGGCGUACGGAUAGGGAUACGAAUAGGUAAUCACGGUUCGUCUCCUAGGUCCAUCGUGCCAAGGGAGUUCUGGUAGCCUCGUCAUCGUUUGAUUUGUAUCUGGGUGGUGGUUUUAUUCUGUGCCGUUGUUCAGGGGCUCGCGAGGGAAUCAUAGGAUGUACAACAACAAAAGGAUUGGUCUAUUGCAUUUUGCAUCUAGGACUUCGGGAGGUAAAAAAGGAAAAGGCAUGGUUUGAAACCACUAGAUAUCUAGUUUGUAUAGUUUUUAGUAAUGAGGCGGGUGUAUACCUGAGGCCCUUACUUCGUUUAGGAUCGCCUGUUCCUCGCUUGGUGUAGGGACGCAGUUAUCAUGAUAAAUAGGAAGGAGAGUCUGCUCCAAUAAGAGGUAUGAUUGCAAUCUCUAUCCCACUCUAUGUCAAUGAACCCUUUUUAAAAGUA